AUGUCGAGCACCUCGACGCAGAGCACCGCCAACCAGAGCGCGAACGAGGCCUCGACCCAGCCGUCGAAUCCAUUCGUGCUGCGUUACGGCCGUCGUUACCUGCGCGACUCCACCUAUCCACUUCCAUGCGACCUUCCCGAGUUGAACCGGCAAAACCUUCGUACAUUGCUCGCAACCUCCGUCUUCGGCAAAGCGCUGUGCUCGCCGUCAAUAGCGCAGAGACCGCCCCGGAAGGUAUUGGAGAUUGCGUGCGGGAGCGGAUACUGGUCGUCCAUGUGCAAUGACUACCUCGAGGCGUUAGGACAUUCCAAUGUUUCGUUUACCGGCCUGGAUAUCGUUCAGCUGGCGCCCGAUCUGCGCAUGCAGGGCGUCAAUUGGCGAUUCGUACAGCACGACCUUCGCAAGGGGACGCUGCCCUUUGGGGACGAGGAAUUCGACUUCAUCGUCCUGAAGGACUUGAGCCUGGUUGUUCCGCUUGGGCCGCCGUCGGAACACCUACUGGACGAGUGCACGCGGGUGCUGCAGACGGAUGGCGUCCUCGAAGUCUGGGAGACGGACUACAUCAUCCGGUCGUUGCUGCCGCAUCCGCCGCUGCCUCCUGGACAGCGGUCUCUCGAUCCGGAUGAUGAGCGCGCUGUUCUGACUGGCACUUUUCUGAUCUCGCCGAUAACGCCUUUCGCGACUGCGCAGAACCAAUACAUUCAGGAUGCCAACGGGUGGAUACAGGAAGCUCUCGAUCGACGGAAACUGACGCCCACACCGUGCGCCCGUGUAGCCCAGAUUCUGCUACAAGAGCCUGAUACGCUCACAGACGUCGGCUACCGUCGAGUGGCCAUCCCCUUGGGCGACCCUCAGUGGGACCGCGAUGGUCGUCUAGACAGGCUGCCAGGUACCCGCAGGAAAAGCUACCAUCAGAAGGCCAAAGCGAAGGCGGAAGAACUAAACGAGGAGCAAGGGGCUCUUCGACACACGGCGCUGUUGACGGUCAUCCAGAUGAUCGAGAGCCUCGAGCCCGUGUUGAAGGAGGUUAGUGGACGGAACCAGGAAGAGUGGCAGCGCUGGUGGGGCUGGAUGAUGGAAGACCUGCUGGAGAAGAAAGGCGCAUCAAGUGGGGAGUGCCUUGAAGUUGGUGCGUGGUGGGCGCGUAAGGUGUAG